CGUCGUCUUUCCUCGUCAACGCGCAGCACAAGAAGCUAGCUCAGCGAGCAGCUAGCUAAAGAGAAGCCUGCUUUCAUCGCCGCGGUCGCUUUGGUUUUCUCUCAACUACUCUGAAUGUUGGAGUUUCGUUCACAGUCUCGGCUUUGUGUUUCGUGAAAAAGAGAACACCAGCCCCCACACUUAAUAUUUUCGGCACAGGGCUGUGUUUUUUUUUCAUCUAACAACAUUACAGAAAUAUGGCGGAUGGCGGCCACUACUACAACGAGCACGAUGAUAGAACUGCACCGCAGUUUCGCAACCGUAAAGGCAGAGGCCCCCACAAGGGUCGGUCAUAUGACAGAUCCCGCAGAGACCGUCAGCGGGGAAGCCACUCGGGAGGGUUUGGAGGUCCUGGACCACGGUCUAGGCUUGAAGAUACUGAUGGAGAUGUGAUGAUGAGUGAUGGCGUCCAGGACAACAGCUCACGGCAGAGAUUCAAUCCAUAUGGAAAAUUUCGGAAAGGAGAAGGACGGUUUGACAGAGACAGACGACAAGGCAAAGGUGGAGGUGGCAGAGGAGGAGGCGGCUUCAGAGGAGACCGAGGUGGAGGAGGUGGUGGUGUAGGAGCAGGGAAAAACCGAUCAGACUGGUACAAAGUCACGAUACCACAUGGAAGAAAAUAUGGUCAGAAGUGGUUACUCUCAGCUCUUCAAAACAUCUGUUCAGUUCAAUUCUCACCUGUACAGUACCAUGUUGACCAUAACAGGGUCCAUUUUUAUGUGGAUGAAUCUGCUGCUGCCAAUGCUUUACACAAAUGUUCCCACAAGAUCACAGACACAGAUGGUUAUAAGGUGGAAGUGCAUGUCAACCCUGUUGCUCCACCAGCCUUCCUCCAGUCUGACCUGAAGCCUGAACACUUGGAGCACUUGAAGCAAUGCAUGGCAAAACGUUUUGAUGGCUCCCAGCAAGCACUGGAUUUGAACAAUAUUCGAACAGACCCAGAUCUAGUUUCCCAGAACAUUGAAGUCAUCUUGAACAGGAAGACAAACAUGGAAGCUGUCAUUAAGAUCAUUGAAGAAAACAUUCCUGAGCUGGCUUGCUUGAACUUGAGUAACAAUCGCAUUCACAAACUGGAUGAACUCACUGAAUUGGUUUCCAAGGUGCCUAAUCUGAAGACCCUCAACCUUUCCCACAAUGAGCUGAAGUCGGACCGGGAGCUGGACAAGGUGAAAGGCCUGAAGCUGGUGGAGCUGUGGCUGAACAGAAACCCUUUGUGCGACCUCUUCAAGGACCAGGCAUCAUACAUCAGUGCUGUGCGGCAGCGGUUUCCCCGACUUCUCAAACUGGAUGGCCAUGACCUCCCCCCACCCAUUGGAUUUGAUGUGGAGACGCCCACCACUAUCCCCCCCUGCAAGGGAAGCUGUUUUGGCACUGAUGAAAUCAAGGCUCUCAUCCUUCGGUUUUUGCAACAGUACUACAGCAUAUAUGACUCAGGAGACAGACAGCCGCUCCUGGAUGCUUACCAUGAUGGAGCAUCGUUAUCCCUCACAACACCUUACUCCACCCAGAACCCCUCCAGAAGCAGUCUGGGAGAGUAUCACAAAGACAGUCGAAACCUGAAGAGGAUUAAAGAUUCCACAAUGCGGUUUCGGCUGCUGAAGCACACGCGACUGAAUGUGGUGGCUUUUCUCAAUGAGUUGCCAAAAACUCAGCACGACAUCGCCUCCUUUACCAUUGAUGUGAACACCUACACGAACACACUACUAUCAUUCACAGUGAGUGGAGUUUUCAAAGAAGUUGUUGUUGAUGGUAAAUCCCGAGAAUCCACAAUGGCCUUCUCUCGAGUUUUCAUCACAGUCCCAGCAGGAAAUUCUGGGUUGUGUGUUGUUAAUGACCAGCUCUUCAUCCGAAUGGCCACAACAGAGGAGAUCCGCCGAGCCUUUGUGGCUCCCGCACCAACUCCAUCGUCCAGUCCCGUCCCCACCCUCACCGCACCACAGCAAGAGAUGCUCACAGCCUUCUCACAGAAGUCAGGCAUGAACCUGGAAUGGUCGCAGAAGUGUUUGCAAGACAAUGAGUGGGAUUUCAACAGAGCGGCACAGAUCUUCACUCAGUUGAAGACAGAUGGCAAGAUCCCCGAUGUAGCGUUCCUAAAAUGAAGAGUUAAAUCAAACAUCUGUGAAAUAAUUACUGCAGUAACUUUAUUUAUGGCUUUUCUUUUAUCUUUUAUUCUUUGCCUUUUGGUUUAAUUAAAAAUAACGUAGAUCAAAUUGACUUCCGUUGUUGUUUUAACAUCCAAAUGUCAACUGUUAUGACGUAAAGACCAAUGUUAUGAUACUGUUUUUAGUUGUCAUGGUAUCUUUAGGUUUUGGUCACUUGUAUAGUAAUCACUACAGGCUUUCAUAGAAAUAAAGAUGUAUGACCAGUGAUUUAACUUUGUUCUUGAUUUGUUGCUUUAUGUUGAUCAAUAAACUAUUUUGUGAUUUUU